CCUACAAUUCCUUGUUCCCUUCACCAGACUGCAAACUGUGCCUAAUUCUGUGCAACGUUGCGGGAGCUGCAGGACGCGAUGCUGAGACUUUUGGGUUCGUUCCCUCUUGGAGGACCUCGAGGCACGAAGACACUCCUUGGGCAUGUAGCACAAGUGAAGCUGCCUGGUGACGUCAAUAAUCGAUCCCAGACUCUCUCGCCUCAACCAUGUCGAUCUCCGUGACUCAAGUAAUGGUUCUUCUGGUGACGGUCAUUUACAUCACUGCCCCUGCAAUCGCCAUGGAUGCGAUGCAAGUUUUCUCCCGUGGAGUAUGUGUUGGUGCACCCAAUACUCUGAUCAUGAAGAACUCGGAGGACUGUGAAGAUAACACGUGUAAGCGCCGAGAAUUUGGCGAUGACCCGUACAAUGUCUCGGUCAAUUGCAAUAUAUCGGACCGAUUCGACCAUGCCGCUGAGGUCUUUACUUACAACUACGUAGUCAUCGAGUACUACGACCAGAACACAAGCUGCAAUAGUGACAAUCUCACUGAGACCGACGUGUAUCCAGGGACCCGAGACUGCCAAGUUGCCUCAAUCAACGGCACAUCGUCUGUCAUGGUUUAUCUCUACACGAACGGCUCGGUGGAUGUGUUCUUCUUCAAAGACGAUGUCUGUGGUGGCAAUAGCAACUUCAAUUUUACCUUGAGUGGUGCUGAAGUCGCCAAUGGUGACUGUAUCAAGGGAGGGUACAAGGUGUACACUAGCUACAGCCUCAGUGCUACCAGUAGCUCGAGUUCGGGCAACACUGCGGUCUCGCAACUAGGGCGGAAUGCCUCCAGUUCAAGCGGUAUCAUCGCCAGCUCCAGUAGCAACAAAGGCGCAGUCCCGGUCACAACCUCUAAAGGAUCAGGUGUGAACAUCGGAGCCAUUGCUGGCGUCGUCGCAGGAGUGAUCGUUGCUGUGUUGCUCAUUGUUAUUGGGUUUCUAUGGUACCGUCGUCGAUCUAAGAGAGCAAAGGGAUCACCAUCGGGUGGCAACAAAGUCACAGACGGUUAUGCUACAGUCACCUCCCCGACAACGGGCCAAAAGAGCACGGAUUCUGACAUUACGGAUUUCUCCAGCUCACUCGGCUUGGGGCCUCGCAGCUUGGCUGGCCUUUGGGAUGACGAAGCCAUCGCAACAGCCCGUAUUCCACGUGAAAAAUUGGAGAUACAGCAGUUGAUCAGUCGAGGGGGCUACGGAGAGAUUUACUUUGGAUUCUUCAUCGGCAAAUGUGUAGCGAUCAAGACGCUACUUCCAGAACUUCGUAAGAGCGUCAAACACGUCAACGGCUUUCUUGAUGAAGUGCGGCUUUUGGCACGACUCGAUCACCCGCGUAUCGUGCAAUUUGUUGGUAUAGCCUGGAAUACUCUCGCUGAUUUGUGUUUUGUGCUGGAAUACAUGGAAGGCGGCGAUCUCCAUGCUCUUCUCGCGACUUACGAGGCACAAAACUUUGAUACUGGCUUUGACAAGAGCAAAGUCACUAUCGCACUCCACGUAGCUCAUGGAUUGACCUACUUGCAUUCCCUCGACCCCCCAGUGCUGCACCGUGAUCUUAAGUCCAAGAAUAUUCUCCUGAGCUCCGAGUUGGAGGCGAAAAUUACGGAUUUUGGCACUUCUCGCGAGCGUGGGGAAAGAACGAUGACGGCAGGGGUCGGAACUUCACUGUGGAUGGCUCCUGAGGUCAUGUUGGGCCAGCGGUACGAUCACAAAAGUGACAUAUUCUCGUUUGGUGUCGUGCUCUCGGAGUUGGACCAGCACAAGCUGCCGUACUCGCACGCAAAAGGUCGAAAACUCCCAGACACGGCACUUUUGCAGAUGGUGGCAUUGGGCACAAUUAGCGUGGAGUUUUCGUCUGGAACAUUGGAAUCGAUGGUACAAUUGGGUAAAUCUUGCGUAGCUGUGGAUCCUGACGAUCGCCCGACCGCCGCAGAAGCACUGUACCAAUUGCAACUGAUCCUAAGGCAGGAGCUAUGAGGCGAAGGAUUCUUGGCACUGAGGUACUAGCUCGGCGAUGUUGAUUGUUCUACCGCUGUUUCCAGCCUACAAAGUGGAGUCAUCAUCAAUUUUGACGAUCCUAUUCGUUUGCAUCACGAUGACUAAUACAAACUCGUGGAAAAUGGCAACUUUUGGUUUUGCAUCUCAAACCUUGAAAAAUCAAAAGCAUAUUUUUUUAUUGUAACAAUUACCACCGAGUCGUGGAGUCGUGCAGCAUUCGCUGGGGAGGCAGACGUUGGUGUCCACGUGUCGAUAAAUAUUGAGAGCUCCCUCCCCCUUCGGCCUUUCAGCAGUCGACGUCUUGGCAAAGAGCUCACACGUCCGUCUCACGCGCGCCUUACCACGUCGCAAAUCUCUAGAAAAGCCUCGCUGGUUGGUUGGCCUCCUGCUUCUCGCGAAUGCGGACCUCGAGUUUGCGACUGCUGUCCAUAAUAUCCUCGAUACUAGCAAUGCAGUUCUUUAUCUGACCAAAAUAGUGGCGCUCCGGCGUCGACGAGAAGUCGGACCCACUGCCGGUCGAGUCUCUGCCUCCUUCCUUGAGAGCCAGAAGAUCCGAAUCCCCACGAGACCCGAACAUGACGCGUUUCAUGUGCUGCGAGUUCAACGACAUACUGACAGGAAUCGUCUUGACCGGCAACACGGGCGACAGCGGCGCCGACAGUGGCCCAUCUCGCAUCUCCGCGUCGUCAGCCGCGGGGUUGCUGGAGCUCUGCGAGUCCUGGCGGAGAACGGUGAGGUUCAGUCUAUUGUGCUCCUCUGGACUCGGCUCUUCCUCGUCCGUAAGCGAAUCUUGCGGCUGUUUCUCCUUCUCAACGGCAGCAGAGUCGGGCAAACUUUCCUCCUCCACUAUCGCCUUGUGGAGGGAACUUUUGCUUGCAAUUUCGGAUGUGGGUUCCAGGAAACUGGUGCUGGGACGCCUGGAGCUGAGUGCACUAUUGAUAACUCGGUCUUCCUCCUCCUUGGGCGCGUAUUCCCCGACCUGCAGCAGCUUCAGGAGUCUCUCUUGGCUACGAGGCGUCAUUGGACGCGUGCAGACCUGCUGCAUGUACUCAUUGAGUAUCACUUGACGCGCUUCAACGGUCUCGGGCUGCAGUGAAGCCUUGCGACUCCACCAAAGCUUGGGCGGUAACUUUACGGAGAUACGCGGCGCUUGCGGUGCCAGCUUCAGCCUCUUGCCGAAGUGCGAGAACUGGCGGAAACGGAUAAGGCGGUGGUAGCACAGCCCGUCGUAGUUCACGGAUGUUCGGUAGACUGUGUAGGCCAAUGGAGAGUCCGGGUGGCGCGUCUGGGAGCCAAUCACAGCCACGCGUAGCUGUCCAGACAUGUUGCAGUACCUGGUCGACUGGUUUGGAGAGUGGCCAGAGCCCCACAAGCAGCGCAGACAGCGGGAGAAGAUGCCGCACAACACGAUGAAUUCUAACUUCGGACUUGAGUGCGCCGUCGCAAAUGGCAGAAUGAGGGCGUUGGGAUGGUACAGAUGUUCGAGGGAAAAUAAAAGAUGUUUACCUUACAA